AGAGGAGGAGGGACCACGCGAGGAGGAGGGACCGGGAGGCGGCGGGCUGGGGUGGGAGGGGGGCGGGGGCCGGGGCGAAGUGACCAGGCGGCGGCGGCGGCUCUGCUGAGGUGACAACGUGCUAGCAGCCCUCGCUCGCUCUGGGCGCCUCCUCGGCCUCGGCGUCCGUUCUGGCCGCGCUCGAGGAGCCCUUCAGCCCGCCGCUGCGCUAUGAAGGCCCCUCUCUGGGGCUGGCCGAGGCUGGAGCCGGCUCCCUCUGCUCGCGGGCAAGUGUGAAGAGAGAGGCGCGGGCGGGAGCCGGGGCUGCGCGCGGCGCUCGCGGGCCGGCGCGGGUUCCAGGUGAGCGCGGACUCGGCAAGCCCCGCACUCGGCGCGGCCGGCCGGCGCCUGCUGGGCUUGAUCUGAGACUGAAUCCCGUGUGUGGACCGCCGUUCCCUCUUCGCGGGAUCGUUGGCCAGGAUAGCAGAUGCAUUUUUGUAGAAGCAUUUUGAGGAUGAAUGUUUGCAAAUCAUUUUGAAAUUGCCAAGUGCCACAUACAUGGAAUGUAUCCUGCUUUCAUCUUGAAGUUCACAUGUGUGGCUUGGAUUUAUCACAGUAGCAUUUGUCUUCAAUCUGUGUGUUAACUAGAAAUCAAGGAAAGACAUGAGGAGAUUUGUUUACUGCAAGGUGGUUCUAGCCACUUCACUGAUGUGGGUUCUUGUUGAUGUCUUCUUACUGCUGUACUUCAGUGAAUGUAACAAAUGUGAUGACAAGAAGGAGAGAUCUCUGCUGCCUGCAUUGAGGGCUGUUAUUUCAAGAAACCAAGAAGGGCCAGGAGAAAUGGGAAAAGCUGUGUUGAUUCCUAAAGAUGACCAGGAGAAAAUGAAAGAGCUGUUUAAAAUCAAUCAGUUUAACCUUAUGGCCAGUGAUUUGAUUGCCCUUAAUAGAAGUCUGCCAGAUGUAAGGUUAGAAGGAUGUAAGACAAAAGUCUACCCUGAUGAACUUCCAAACACAAGUGUAGUCAUUGUGUUUCAUAAUGAAGCUUGGAGCACUCUCCUUAGAACUGUUUACAGUGUGAUAAAUCGUUCCCCACACUAUCUACUCUCAGAGGUCAUCUUGGUAGAUGAUGCCAGUGAAAGAGAUUUUCUCAAGUUGACAUUAGAGAAUUACGUGAAAAAUUUAGAAGUGCCAGUAAAAAUUAUUAGGAUGGAAGAACGCUCUGGGUUAAUACGCGCCCGUCUUCGAGGAGCAGCUGCUUCAAAAGGGCAGGUCAUAACUUUUCUUGAUGCACACUGUGAAUGCACGUUAGGAUGGCUGGAGCCUUUGCUGGCAAGAAUAAAGGAAGACAGGAAAACGGUUGUCUGCCCUAUCAUUGAUGUGAUUAGUGAUGAUACUUUUGAAUAUAUGGCUGGGUCAGACAUGACUUAUGGGGGUUUUAACUGGAAACUGAAUUUCCGCUGGUAUCCUGUUCCCCAAAGAGAAAUGGACAGGAGGAAAGGAGACAGAACAUUACCUGUCAGGACCCCUACUAUGGCUGGUGGCCUAUUUUCUAUUGACAGAAACUACUUUGAAGAGAUAGGAACUUACGAUGCAGGAAUGGAUAUCUGGGGUGGAGAGAAUCUUGAAAUGUCUUUUAGGAUUUGGCAAUGUGGAGGCUCCUUGGAGAUUGUUACUUGCUCCCAUGUUGGUCAUGUUUUUCGGAAGGCAACUCCAUACACUUUUCCUGGUGGUACUGGUCAUGUCAUCAACAAGAACAACAGGAGACUGGCAGAAGUUUGGAUGGAUGAAUUUAAAGAUUUCUUCUACAUCAUAUCCCCAGGUGUUGUCAAAGUGGAUUAUGGAGAUGUGUCAGUCAGAAAAACACUAAGAGAAAAUCUGAAGUGUAAGCCCUUUUCUUGGUACCUAGAAAACAUCUAUCCGGACUCCCAGAUCCCAAGACGUUAUUACUCACUUGGUGAGAUAAGAAAUGUUGAAACCAAUCAGUGUUUAGACAACAUGGGCCGCAAGGAAAAUGAAAAAGUGGGUAUAUUCAACUGUCAUGGUAUGGGAGGAAAUCAGGUAUUUUCUUACACUGCUGACAAAGAAAUCCGAACCGAUGACUUGUGCUUGGAUGUUUCUAGACUCAAUGGACCUGUAAUCAUGUUAAAAUGCCACCAUAUGAGAGGAAAUCAGUUAUGGGAAUAUGAUGCUGAGAGACUCACGUUGCGACAUGUUAACAGUAACCAAUGUCUCGAUGAACCUUCUGAAGAAGACAAAAUGGUGCCUACAAUGCAGGACUGUAGUGGAAGCAGAUCCCAACAGUGGCUGCUAAGGAACAUGACCUUGGGCACAUGAAGAUCAUGUCCUCCAAGCCAUGAAAGUGUCUACGCUUUUGUUUUUCCAUUAUUUCAAUUGGGGGAAAAUAUUAACUUUGCUGAAUUGAAAGUUUUAAAAAUCCUUUUAGUAUUCUAAAACACAAUUGUUUCUAAUUCGUUUCUAGAAAUGUUUGCUUAUUUCCCUACUAAAAUUUGUAUCUGAUCAUAGCACAUAAAAAUAUAAAUAAUAGCAAACUAUUAUUAAACAACAGAACAACUUGUAAAACAAAUUGUUUGCUUUAAGAAAAAUCUUUAUUGCACUCAUGUCAUAGGGUUAAUUGGAGGUUAUUUUAUUUUUGGUUGUCAUGGUGAUUGAAAGAGAUAAUGUAAAUGCCUUAUAAAAUCUUCAUUAUGAAAUAUUAUCAGUUGCUUUAUAAACUCACUCUUUUUACGGAUCCUUCAUGGAAACAUGUUUGAUUUCUGUGUCUGCAACAGGGCCACAUAUUAAAUUACUUCUGAAUGGUGAAUUCAUCUUACAAAAUGUUCCAAGUUUUGGACAAGGAAAAACAUUACAUUGGAUAUUGAAUUCAUAGAGCCUUUACAGAAGCAUCACAUUUAAACGAAUGUGAAUUCAAAAAAGAGAAGGAAACUUUUUAAAUUCAAUUUAAAGUACAUAAAAAAAUCCGUGAAGCAUUGAGGGGAACAAAAUGAGUCUAAUCCGCAGCACUUCGAUCACUGUGAGAGAACUCAAAGUGGGUUGCAAUCAUUCCUAACACAGGCUGAAACUAAACAAUCUUGCUCCCAGAGUUUAUGUUGGAAACUCAAUUCUUAACCAAAAUCUUGGUCUCCACAAACUCUACCAUCCCUUUUCUCUUCACUCUAUAGACAGUGGCAUGCCAUUGAUGCUGUACAGAAUUGCAGGUGAAAGGGAGAAUUUUAGACUUAAUUUUUAACUCUAUUGCACUUAAAGAUUUUAGUUAGGUUACUACUGUCAUUUUCAUUUUCUAUGUUAAAGAAUACCUUUCAGUGCUAUGCUCCAGUAUCUAAAAAUUUUAUCACCAGGGGUAUAAACUCAAUACACAUUCAUUAAACUUUUAUUGUAAUUAAACUGCUAUAUAUUGUUUGCCAUAUAUUAUGGCCCAAGGAAUAUAGUUAUAAUCAGGCUAGAUUCACAUUUUCUUUUCUCAUCUUAAAACCCUUUAUGUUCAAAAUACAUUAGCAGAGGCCAUGAAAAUAAAAAAUCAGAUUUUUGCUAGUAAGUUUUUAUAUUUGACAUCAUUUUAAAUGCUCAAAGAGUUACCCUAUAUAUGCAUGUUAUUCAUUAUAAAUGCACUCAGCAGCUAAGAGAAAUUUGAGAGGAAAAAUGGAAGAAGUGUUUUCUGGAGCAGAAGAUUCCACUUCUUUGGUCCUCAUCUUUACUUAAAAAGCUCUUAUAGAAAGGAUUAAUCAUUUUGACUGCAUACAAACUAUGUCUCUGACAUGCACAUACACUGCUUUAUAAUGAAAAUGAGGACACUUUCUGAUGGUCAGUAAAAUCUUAAAUGAUUUUUGCAACUGGUAUUCCUUCCUCUUUUGACUUUUUAUUGGUACAACUGUAGGGAAGAAUCUACAACCUGGAGCAUUUCAGGUUUGCUCUUUAAAUAUAGACACCCCUCACCAUGAGCUCUCUGUGAAUCCGUAAAUUUCCUAAAAUUGUAAGCAAAAUGUUGAAUAUCAGGGCUUUUUUUUUUCUGAGGUGGGAGUAUGUCACUCACAGCAAACUUGGAAAGAAGGCUAUGACUCCCAAGAGGCAGUGAACCAUUGCCUUAAAUUAAUAGCAGCCUCUCAAGUCCAUUGAGGCCUCAUGUAAAAUUCCCAUUUUUCAUAUUUACACUCCUUUUCUCCCCUCAUUUCCUCUUCUCCUUACUAAGGUAAAAAGACCCUGCACAGCAUUAUUACUUAAGUUGAAAAAGCUUCAACUCUCAAGGACUCAUGUAUACCAUAUGUUCCACUUAUUGCUUUGUCAGUCAAAAUGCAUGUUACGUAGAAAAUGAUCAAUGGCAAAUUUUUAUAAAUGCAGCUACCCCAUCAAAGCUGAACUUGAAACGUUUUAGCAGAAUUUUAAAUAUGUGAAAGUUCAUUAUGGUCAUGGUGAGAAAACUAAAACUACAUGAGUUUCAUGUUAGAAAAGAAUUUUUAAACAAUCUUCAGAUGGCUUGAACACAUGCCAUUAUAGUAUCUAACAAAAAGUGGCAUAAAAUAUUAUAAAACAUCCAACACUAGAAAGCAAUGACUGACAUUUAAUUUGUUUACAAAAAUGUUUAUUGUCUUCAGUACAAAAAGUUAAAACCAUGAUUGGAUUCAUAAUGCACUUGUCUUAUCCCUUAUUUAUGGAGCUAGACUGACAUAUUUCAAACCAAUCUCUUCUGUGGUCUUCUCCAUCUCAGUUAAUGCAACUUCAACCUUCCAGAUGCUCAGGUCAAAAACUGAAAGUUGCUUUUGACUCCUCUAUUUCUGUUUCAACUUUCGUCUAAUCCAACAGCAAAUCCCCUUGAUGCUACCUUUGAAAUAUAACUAGAAAAGAAUGACUUGCCACCAUAUCCACUAGGUGUCACUACCUCUAACCUUUUUAAUCGCAAUAUGCUUAUUAUUUAGUUCCCUAAUUUCCCAGUCCUUGUCUUGAACAAUCUUUUCUCAGUACAACAGCCAUAGUGAUUCUGUUAACCAUGAAUUUGAUUGUGUCACUUCCCUGCUCACAAUCUUCCAAUGACUUCUCCCUCCGGUGGCCUUCAAGGUCCUUUAUGAGUGUUACCCCUCUACACGUCCACACCACUCACCACACAUACAUACACAUGCACACACACACACACAUGCAAUUCUACCUUUUUCUAACACCAUCUCUUAUCUCUUAUUAUUCUGCCUCUUACUUACCCUAUUAUGGCUCCCAAGAAAGUUCCUGCUUUAGUGUUUUGUUCCCUCUGCCCCAGAGAGCUCCCCUUAGUGAUCUCAGUUCAAAUAUUAUCUUAUCAGUAAGACAAACCCUUCUCCCAUCUGCCUUCCCUAUCCCCUGUACCUGACAAUCUAUGAGUUUGCUUCUUUAUUUCUUUCUAUACUUCCCCCUCCCCAGCCCCAAACAUGCCCAUCACAUGCCCUAGAAGGUAAGUCCCAUGAAGGCAGGGGCUUUGUCAGUUUUGUUCAUUUGGUAUUUCUGGCAUAUAUAUUCUCUAAAUAUUUCUUGAAUUAAUGAACUGAAAAAUGUGUGUUAAAGUUGCUAAGUGUUACUGUAUCAUACUUUUUUUGUAUUUUAAAUUUUAAAAUAAAGGCUAAUAUAUUUAGACAGGAUUUCCAAAAACUUUGUCUUCAAAUUUUAAUUUUCUUCCUAAUACUCUUCACAUUAAACUAUGGACUAUAAUUUUCUGGAUAAAAUAUCCUGCCUUAUGGAAAUGAAAUAUGAAAUUUUAUUAAAAUGCUGCUAUAUUAUAUAAGUUGCUUCAUUAAGCUAAAAAUAGUUUUUGUUUUUUGGUUGUGUCCAAUGGCCACUUGAAAGUAUAAGAUUUUGACUUUGAGAGGAGAGAUAUCACUGUCUUAAAAAUUAUGUAUUUUCAUGAUUUCUUAAGAACUAUUAUUAAAUUUAUCUUCUAAGUGCAGUCAAUGGAAUAAACACAGAGAUUUAAAGGACUUUACAGA